AAACGCGGGUAGUGCAUGCAUUUUUGCGCUUCAAUUCGCGGUGGUGUGAACGAGAAACAGACGCCGACCAGCGAGCCACGGCCAUCCCUCCGUCCGUUCGUCCGUUCCUCUGAUGAUCUGUUCCAGCCUAAAGAACGAAGCCGGGAAGAGGAGGAAGAGAAGGAGGAGGAGUAGGAGUAGGAGAGGUUGUAAAUGCUACAUGGAGUGCUAGUCAAGUUUGAAAUCGGCAGCUCUAGUUGAGAUUCGGAGACCUUGGGACACGCCGCGUUUUGUGAGCUGUUCAUUUAUUUUCUCAGUGUGGUUCUCGGUUGUGUGCAGAUUUGAUUUGGCAAGUCAGAGUUUUAGUGAGGAUCGAACGAGCCCCUGUGACAACCUCCUGGAGUCCGCAUCUCGUUCAUUCAAGUCUGUAGUGAGUCUGUCAGUCUCUAAAAGCCGGUUCGGUGGGUGUGCCAGCGCUUCUUGUAAAGGGGCUGUAGUGAGGGUUUUGUUCGUCUGCUGACCUGUCCGCCUCAUUGAUCCUAGUGAUCAGGCCUAAUUAUUCACUGCUCCACAACCUAACCGUGGUCCUCGUCGAGAAUUACCUCUUUGGAAGAAGAUGGGUUGCAUCAAGAGUAAACAGGGUCUUUCGCAAGAGGAUCUGGAGUUUCUCCGUGCACACACUCGCUACGACGAGAACACCAUUAAAGAGUGGUACAAGGGUUUCAAACAGGACUGUCCCAAUGGCCGACUGACACCCGUGAAGUUUGUGGACAUGUACAAGAUGUUCUUUCCCUCGGGCAAUGCCGAACAGUUCUGUGACCACGUGUUCCGCACCUUCGACACCGACAAAAACGGCUACAUUGACUUCAAAGAGUUCUUGCUAGCUAUCGAUGUCACCAGUGCAGGCACUGCCGAAGAAAAGCUCAAAUGGGCCUUCAGAAUGUACGAUGUGGACGGCAAUGGCGUCAUUGACCAAGAGGAGAUGACCAAGAUCGUCCAAGCCAUCUAUGACAUGUUGGGUGCUGGAGCCACCAAGCCCACGGAUUCGGCCGAGGAGCGCGCCAAGAACAUCUUCAGUCGCAUGGACGAGAACGGGGAUGGACAUCUCACGGAAGAGGAGUUCCUCCGAGGCUGUCUCCAAGACGAUGAGCUUUCCAAGAUGCUCGCCCCUAACGUUGUUCAAUAAACUCUGCAACAGACAUA